AUGGUCCUCAAGACAUGCAUAGCGCUUCUGGUCACAUCAUGCAUCAGCCAGCUUCAGUGGAGCUGGUAUCUCGAGACACGACCACUUCGAGAUCUUGUUGCAUUCCAUGACGCGGCGACUGGGGCCAUAGGGUGCGUCUCGUGGCUGUGGAAUUACCACCUGCGGCAGCCCUUGGCUGCGCUCGGAGCUAUAAUCACAAUCAUUGCUAUAGCUAUUGACCCAUUCAUUCAACAACUCGUCCAAUCAAUUGACUGCAGUCAAAUUCUCUCCGGCUAUACUCCAGCCUCCGUACCGCGCACAAACUUCAUGGGGUAUAAGGACUGGACCGAAAGCCUCGAGGAGUCUAUUUUGGAUGGUCUCUAUGCGAUGCAGAACCUGACGGAUUUCAACUGCCCGACGGGCAACUGCACGUUCAGCGAGACCUACAGCAGCCUCUCGUUCUGCAGCCAGUGUGUGGACAGGUCGGCUGAGGCGACAAUUGAUGAACAAUGCUUCAUUAGUCAGUGGGAUGGCGGGAGAAAUGCCACGCGUGAGGCUGUUCCGUGCAACGUGGACAGUCCCAGCGCGGUCACACAGACAUGGAAUCUCACCACUAGCCUGCCGCCAUCAGAACUCAACUUCUACUUUGAGGACGGGCCAUUCCAGAAUAUCUCAGGAAAUCCUCUCUCGGAACCACACGUCUUCUCUCUCCAGCAGUUGGACAUCCUGUCAGCGCUCUAUCAGGGUCAGGCUUUCGGGGCCGUUCUGGGCUACUCGGACUCAGCUAUUUUCAGAACAGACCCGACAUGGACGGUGAGCCCCUUGUCCGGCUGCGAUAACCCUACCUCGAAUGAUACCUGGCGCUGCAGAGGUUAUGGUAUUGCGGAGUGUACGUUGCAUCCCUGCGUGCGGACUUUCUCGUGCUCCAUCGAGGGGGGUCGGGUCAACGAGAUCACUGUCGACCACUCGAGCAGAGAUCAGGUUUGGGGGGCUCAGGAUCCAGUACUUCCCUCACUCUACGGUCUGCUUGAUAUGCAGUGCAUCACUGACGACGACCGAGGUAAUCUUGCAGAAGCUGGAUAUGAUCUUGUUGAAGAAGCUUCGGGCCGCUGGCUCCCCUAUAACAUUACCUUUGACCCGACCACCACCCCUGUGAACGCAUCGUCCCCGUUCCCGCAGUCGCUCCUGGGACGGGGUUGCCUCUAUCUUAUAGAUGAAUCCUUCCUUAUACCCCUCUGGGAUGAAUACAUUUCCCCGCUUCUCGUCGGCACCGUAACUCGCGAGAUUAUCGCAGAAGUGACCGCGACCAACAACUCGUUGCCAUACUCGUAUCAGUAUGACUUCAACGGGACACAGCAGCUGCUCAACCUAUACGACGCGGGCAAUGUCUCGAUGGACUCGAUCAGCGCCACAUUCGACAAUCUUGCGCAGGCACUGACGCUUUGGGUGCGGGAGAAUGGCGCGGCCAACUACAGCCGGCGUGCAGAAGGCGAUGUGCUCCACUACGCCGUCUGUGUGCGGGUGAAGUGGGCGUGGGUGGCACUGCCGGCGGCCCUGGCUGGGCUCACGCUUGUUCUCUUCAUCCUGACCGUCCUCACCACGGCGGGGCGGGCAGUGCCCCUAUGGAAAAUGUUUCCUCUCGCCGUGCUGUUCUCUGGGCCGGCUGGGAGGGACUGGGUGAGCGAGAACAGGCUGAUGAGGAGGGGCACUGCUGAUACGAACACGGGCGAGGCGACUCGUCUUCCUGAUGAUACUGAUCAUGAUUACGACGAGACGGUUCAGGGAAUGCUGCGAAUUUCUGAUAGGAUUUCUGUGAAACUACUGCAGAAACAGGACGGUCGUUAUCAGCUCCGCCAAGUGGAACCUCCGUCGAAGUGAGCAGUAACCAGCAAGAGAUGAUAGAUGAAAUGAAGGAGGAAUUUAGUUUUUCGUGAUUCU